GCCCCCUGCCGGGCCGAGCCCGCAGCGCAGCGCCGCCAUGAGCGCCGCGCUCGUGGGGUACAGCAGCUCCGAGGAUGAGGAGGAGGAGGAGGAGGAGGAGGAAGGACGGGGGGGGACGCGGGGCAGCCGCCGCCUGCCCGUCCCCGAGUGCGUGCUGGCCAUGUUCCGCGAGGAGGAGCGGGACGAGAAGCGGGACGACAGCUCCCGGCACGGCGGCCGCGUGCGGUGCUUCCCCCACGAGCGGGGCGGCUGGGCCACGCACGUGUACCUGCCCUACCAGGCCCAGGAGGAGUUCCUGGAGCUGCUGGAGCUGCUGGCGUCCCACGCCCGCACCUACGUCCCGUCCGUCACCGCCAUGGAGGAGUUCCACGUCAGCCUGUCGCAGAGCGUGGUGCUGCGCUACCACUGGAUCAGCCCCUUCAUGCAGAGCCUCAAGGAGCGCCUGGCCGCCUUCCACAGGUUCUUCUGUGUGGCUGACCGAGUGAAGGUGUACACCAACCAGAACAAAACCAGGACCUUUGUAGGUUUGGAAGUCUCUACUGGACAUUUCCAGCUGCUGGAACUGGUCUCAGAGGUGGACAAGGUUAUGGAGGAAUAUGACCUCCCCGUAUUCUACAAGGACCCAUCGUUCCACAUCAGCAUGGCCUGGUGCGUCGGGGACCUGAGGGGCAGCCUGGAGGGGCAGUGUCUGCAGGAGCUCCAGGACAUUGUGGACAGGUUUGAGGACUCGGCACGCAUUCUGCGUGUCCAAUGGGAGCAAAUCCGCUGCAAGUCGGGCAACAAGUUCUUCUCCUUCCCCUUGAGGUAGGACCCGAUGGGGCCGUGCGUCUCAGAGCCCGAAGACCAACAAAGAGCCGUUCUGCAGCACAGCUCCGGACGCGGGGGGCUCUCACACACCUCCCACACUCUUCUUGUGUGCUCAGCAGCUCUGCGGAGUUUGUGGUCUCAAGCCACGCCACUUCCAAGUUCGAGUUGUUGGCGUAAGAUAUGCGUGUUUGCAGCAGAUUUCUUACAGCAGCGUGCUGUCAGCAGCCAGGAUGUGCUGCAGUCAGCACUGGUGGCUCCAGUCAGAGCUGCUAAUUUUGCUGAUUUUAAAAAAGAAAGAAAAAAAAAAAAAACCCUCUGUCUAGAA